AGAACUCAGGAGGCGAUAUACUACGGCUUACCAUUGCUGGGCAUUCCGCUCCUCGGUGACCAGCACUUCAACGUAAGGGCCUCCGUCAAGAGGGGAAUAGCCGUUAAACUCGAUCUACAGGAGGUGACCGAGAGGAGCUUUACUCAUGCUUUGAAAGAGGUCCUCUAUAAUCCUCAGUACAAAAAAGCCGCUAAGGAUCUGAUUCGGAGGUUCAGAGACCGACCGAUGAGCCCUAUGGACACGUCGAUAUUCUGGGUGGAGUACAUAGUCAUUCGUCUGGAUAAUUUUUGGUCUUUUUAGACCGUUUGCACGAGUUCGGAUCGGCUCAAAACUCAAGAAAAGCUAGUCAAAGAUAUUUAUUUGCUAUAGGACACUUUUUUCAUUAUAGAUGCUUGAUGUUAAUACUCUUUUGAGUUAUGUCGAUAUUUGUUAUUAUCAAAUCAAAAUGUGUUCUACAUUUCAGUAUUUUUUUUUUUACUUUUAUGAU